AUGAGCAAUAUGAAGGAUAAACCGACUAUCCGCCAACAGAGCUCGGAGAAUAACUCUGUCAGCAGUAGCGAAUGGGAUAUGGCAAAUGACGUGUUUGUGUCAGGCUACGACGAGAACCCGAUGGGAGACGGUGUCACCCCCGGGGAGAGGGACCCAACGCAGCCCGACCUGGACAGACACCUGCCGCUGCUACGGGGCGACUCGCACCGGUUAUCCCAGGAUGGCAUCAUGUUGGGCCUGGCCGGGGAGGAAUUUCCAUGCUCAUCCUAUCUGGACAUCGACCCAAACUACACCGAAAGUGAUGGGAAUGUCACAACCAAAAAACGCAUCCGGUCCAAUAGCUCCAGGCACCGGGGUGAGGUCGUCACGGAGCUGGGACCGGAGGAGGUUCGGUGGUUUUACAAAGAGGACAAGCGGACGUGGAAGCCUUUCGUCGGACACGAUUCUUUAAAAAUUGAGAUUCUCCAUUUGAGAUUUUUUGAGCAGAACCCCGACAAGGUCAAACGUCCCGUUGAUCCGGUCGUAGCUGAGGGGAAGGAGACAGCCAAGUCCGGGGAGAUUGUGCCCGAGAGCGCGGCGGUGGAGUGUGGAAGUGUCCGGGCGGAGCCGGCGGUGCAGCGGGGCGGAGGACAGCGGAGCUCGGUGUCAGAAGAGAUGAAACACUCGGACAUCAGCAUCAGCGUGGAGGCAGUGUGUGUUAGAGGAGGGCUGUAUGAAGUGGAUAUCAGGGAGAAGGAGUGCUACCCUGUUUACUGGAACCAGCAAGACCGUAUCCCUGUGAUGAGAGGUCAGUGGUUCAUUGAUGGGACGUGGCUUCCCCUGGAGGAGGACGAGAGUGACCUCAUCGAGCUGGAACACCUCGCCCGUUUCCGGGGGCAACAGAUGUGGGACACCUAUGAGUCGGAGUCGGUGAACACCACAGUGGAGAGCAAGGAUGUUAAAGAAUCCAUCCACAGUCUGAAGCUGAGUCGGAGUCACGUGGACUGGCACAGUGUGGACGAGGUGUAUCUCUACAGCGAUGCCACCACCUCUAAGAUUGCACGCACCGUCACUCAGAGACUGGGCUUCUCUAAAGCCUCCAGCAGCGGAACCCGUCUCCAUCGGGGUUACGUAGAGGAGGCGGCUCCUGAGGACACUCCGCCUGAAACUACUCACAUUGUGUUCGUGGUGCACGGCAUCGGCCAGAAGAUGGACCAGGGCCGCAUCAUCAGGAACACCAGCAUGAUGAGAGACGCUGCCAGAAAGAUGGAGGAGAAGCACUUCUCUGAUCGUACCACAGAGCAUGUAGAGUUCCUUCCUGUGGAAUGGAGGUCAAAACUGGCUCUGGAUGGAGACACAGUGGACUCUAUCACUCCGGAUAAAGUGCGAGGUCUCAGAGACAUGCUGAACAGCAGUGCCAUGGAUAUCAUGUACUACACCAGUCCUCUGUACAGAGACGAGAUUAACAGGGGUCUAACUCUGGAGCUGAACCGUCUCUACUCACUCUUCUGCUCGCGGAAUCCAGACUUUGAGAAAAACGGGAAGGUUUCCAUCGUGUCACACUCACUGGGCUGUGUCAUUACCUUCGACAUCAUGACCGGCUGGGACCCCAUUCGCUUUCAUCAUCAAGAAGUGCUAGACCCAGAAGAAACCAAGGCCAGGUGGCCGAGUGAUGAAGAGCGCCACCUUCAGGAGCAGCUGAGACUGACACGCCUCAGGUUAAGGGACUUGGAAGAUCAGUUCCAGAGUCUGCGGACCUCAUCUUGUCUUGCAGUGCCAGCCUUGAAAUUCAAGGUAGAGAACUUCUUCUGCAUGGGCUCUCCUCUGGCGGUUUUCUUGGCAUUACGAGGGAUUCGUCCUGGAAGUAACGGUGUGCAGGACCACAUCCUCCCCACUUCGAUCUGCAAACGCCUCUUCAACAUAUUCCAUCCCACUGACCCCGUGGCCUACAGACUGGAGCCUCUUCUCUUAAAGCAUUAUAGCAACAUUUCACCUGUUCAAAUCCACUGGUAUAAUACCACCAGCCCCACACCGUAUGAUCAGAUCCGGCCCACACUGCUGAACCCUCAGAAGGACACCACAUCCAUCUCAGACUCAGAGAGCAUUCCCAGCCCGUGUACCUCCCCGCCUCAGGCCCGACGGCACUAUGGAGAAUCCAUUACUAACCUCGGCAAGGCCAGCAUUAUGGGUGCUGCAAGUCUCGGAAAGGGAAUCGGGGGAAUCCUGUUUUCCCGCUUUUCCAGAUCCAGUGGCCAGGUGGGAGGAGUGGAGGAGGAACCAUCAGAUUCUGAAGGUGUAGCCUCUGAAGUGGAAAACCUGGCAUUGCAAGAGGAAGUAGCACCAGUGGCUGAAAGUGAGGAUAAAGACAAAGAAAUAGAAGAGGAAACAAAGGAGGUAGAGCCUGCCAUGUCCCUGUCCACCUCGGCAGUCAUGGACCACACCUCAUUGGAACUGGAGAGACGCAUCGACUUUGAGUUGAGAGAGGGCUUGGUGGAGAGCCGCUACUGGUCGGCAGUGACCUCACACACGGCCUAUUGGUGCUCCUAUGAUGUGGCUCUGUUCCUCCUCACCUUCAUGUACAGACCACAAGAGCCACUUGAAACUGCAGAAGACAACCCAGACACCUCAUAACACAAGUUCAAUCCAACAGACACAGAGCCAUCCAUCACUGAGGUCAAUUCACUUUCUAUUCACUUUUUAUUCAUGCCUUUUGAA